CCACGCCGAGCCGGCUCUGGUUACUGUGCACGUUGGGUCUCCUCCUCUUCCUCUCCUGGGGCAACUAUGGCGGCCGUGAAGACCCUGAACCCCAAGGCCGAGGUGGCCCGAGCCCAGGCGGCGCUGGCCGUCAACAUCAGCGCGGCGCGGGGGCUGCAGGACGUGCUGAGGACCAACUUGGGGCCUAAGGGCACCAUGAAGAUGCUCGUUUCUGGCGCUGGUGACAUCAAACUAACCAAAGACGGCAAUGUGCUGCUUCACGAAAUGCAAAUUCAACACCCAACAGCCUCCUUAAUAGCAAAAGUAGCAACAGCCCAGGAUGACAUAACUGGUGAUGGUACUACUUCCAAUGUCCUUAUCAUUGGAGAGCUGCUGAAACAGGCGGAUCUCUACAUUUCUGAAGGUCUUCAUCCCAGAAUAAUCACUGAAGGAUUUGAAGCUGCAAAGGAAAAGGCCCUUCAGUUUCUGGAACAAGUCAAAGUAAGCAGAGAGAUGGACAGGGAAACACUUAUAGAUGUGGCCAGAACAUCUCUUCGUACUAAAGUUCAGCUGAACUUUGCAGAUGUCUUAACAGAGGCUGUAGUGGACUCCAUUUUGGCCAUUAAAAAACAAGAUGAACCUAUUGACCUCUUCAUGGUUGAGAUCAUGGAGAUGAAACAUAAAUCUGAAACUGAUACAAGCUUGGGUAUGCCAGAUCCAGAAAACCUAAAUCCUGAUUGCUUGGGACAUGCAGGACUUGUGUAUGAGUACACAUUGGGAGAAGAGAAGUUCACCUUUAUUGAGAAAUGUAACAAUCCUCGUUCUGUUACAUUAUUGGUCAAAGGACCAAACAAGCACACACUCACUCAAAUCAAAGAUGCAAUAAGAGACGGCUUAAGGGCUGUCAAAAAUGCUAUUGAUGACGGCUGUGUGGUUCCGGGUGCUGGAGCAGUAGAAGUGGCCAUGGCAGAAGCCCUGAUUAAAUACAAGCCAAGUAUAAAGGGAAGGGCCCAGCUUGGAGUCCAAGCAUUUGCAGAUGCAUUACUGAUAAUUCCCAAGGUUCUUGCUCAGAAUUCUGGUUUUGACCUUCAGGAAACAUUAGUUAAAAUUCAAGCAGAACAUUCAGAAUCAGGUCAACUUGUGGGUGUAGACCUGAACACAGGCGAGCCGAUGGUAGCAGCAGAAGUAGGCAUAUGGGAUAAUUAUUGUGUAAAGAAACAGCUUCUUCACCACCAUUCUCCUUGUUGA